UCACAGCUCGGCUGCCAAGUGGCUGGGCCGGCCAGCGCGCGGAUUUUCUCACAAAACCCCCUGCCGUUUCGCUGAAUCAACCCGCAGUCAACCAAGCGGAAGAUUCCCAGAAGAAAAACGAGAGAAAAGCGAAGGGCAAAGGGCAGAUGGCACUGUGUCGUGUACCUCCUUGUCCGAGCCCGCCCGUCGUGCUGCGCGCUGCCCCGAUCCCGUACUGUACCCCAGCCAGCCGCCACGGUAUAUGAUGCCCGGCUCGACCCCCGUCGCAUUAUCCUUUGUGCAGCCCCUUCCAACUGAAGAUUUGCCGGCACGCACACGCAACAGACCAGACCCAACUGAACAAGAAUGGACGCCACACGCGCCCUCCUCCUGCCCCGGACCGACGGCGCCGUGCCCGGCGUCGUGGACUUCCGCGGCGGCCCCGCCCCGCGCGCCUCCACCGGCCGAUGGUCCGCCGCCAUGUUCGUCCUCGGUGUGGAGAUCGCGGAGCGGUUCGCGUACCACGGGGUGUCGGCCAACUUCAUCAGCUACCUGACGGGCCCGCUGGGGGAGUCCACCGCCGGCGCCGCCGCGGCGAUCAACGCGUGGAGCGGCGUCGUCACGAUGUUGCCGCUGCUGGUCGCCUGCGUCGCCAACGCCUGGCUCGGGCGGUUCCGCACCAUCGUGCUCGCCUCCGUCCUCUUCGUCGUGAGCAUGGGCAUGCUGACCCUGUCCUCGGCGCUCCCGGUGUUCCACUCGGACGGGUGCACCAGCUUCACCUCGCUCUCGGGCGCGUGCUCGCCGUCGCCGGUGCAGGUGACCAUCUUCUACGUCUCGCUCUACCUGGUGGCGCUGGCGGAGGCCGGGCACAAGCCGUGGGCGCAGGCGUUCGGCGCCGACCAGUUCGACCAGCACCACCCCGAGGAGUCCGUCUCCCGGAGCUCCUUCUUCAACUGGUGGUACUUCGGCAUGUGCUCCGGCACCGCCGCCACCACCAUGGCCUCCAGCUACAUCCAGGACAACAUCGGCUGGGGCCUCGGCUUCGGCAUCCCCUGCCUCGUCAUGGUCUUCGCGCUCGCCAUGUUCCUGCUCGGCACCCGCCGGUAUCGCUACUACACCUCCACCCGGUCCAGCCCCUUCGCCCGCCUCGCCAGGGCCUUCGUCACGCUCCUCAAAGGCUCCAAGUCCAGCCAAUGCGCCAAUACUCUCGCGGGCGAGGAUGGUGAGUUCAACGCGGAGCACCGGGAGGAAGUUCGGGGCCUGCUGCGGCUGUUCUCCAUCUGGGCGACGUGCAUCAUCUACGCCGUCAUCUUCUCCCAGUCGUCAACCUUCUUCACGAAGCAGGCGACGACGCUGGACCCGCGGAUCGGCGCCACCUUCCGCGUGCCGCCGGCGGCGCUGCAGACGUUCAUCAGCCUGACCAUCAUCACCUUCAUCCCAGUCUACGACCGGCUCUUCGUGCCGGCGGCGCGGCGGUUCACGCGCCUGUCCUCGGGCAUCACCAUGCUGCAGAGGAUCGGCACCGGGCUGGUCCUCGCCCUAGUGGCCAUGGUGGUGGAGGCGCUGGUGGAGGCGAGGCGGCUGGGCGUAGCGAGGGAGGCCGGCCUCGUGGACGACCCCAAGGCGGCGCUGCCGAUGAGCCUGUGGUGGAUGGUGCCGCAGUACGUGCUGUUCGGGCUGUCGGACGUGUUCGCCAUGAUCGGGCUGCAGGAGUUCUUCUACGACCAGGUCCCCGACGCGCUGCGCAGCCUGGGGCUGGCCUUCUUCCUCAGCAUCUUCGGGGUGGGCCACUUCCUGAGCAGCUUCCUCAUCUCCGCCAUCGACGGCGCCACCAAGAAGGGUGGCGCCAGCUGGUUCUCCAACAACCUCAACCGCGCGCACCUCGACUACUUCUACUUGCUGCUCGCCGGGUUGAUUCAACGAAACGCAGGGGGUUUUGUGAGAAAAUCCGCGCGCUGACCGGCCCAGCCAAUUGGCGAGCUGUGAUUGGCCUGGGACUAAAACAUCACAUUGGAUGCAAGUUGAGGUAUGGUUUAGUUUAGUUUUGCAACUUUAGGACCAAAUCAUCACAUUGUGUGCAAGUUAGGGUACCUGGGAUGCUAUUACCUCUAUACAGCAUGAGUGGCAUCUCUUCUGCCCACAAUAGUAUGCCCGUCGCCACAAUACAAAAUUGCGGAGACGCACAUGCGCAAAUGGCAACUAGUACUAGUAGUACUUUUAUAUUUCUGCGAAUGGAACGUAGUAUACUCGAUCCACGGCUUGGACAACUUACAA